AGCCACAAAAUAUAAUUGUUAGACUGGUGAUCUUUAUGCAAAAUAAAAUCUUUCCAAAUGUACCUACAAAAAUUGAACCUAAAUGUAUUUUACUCCGUAAAUAUUAUAAUACGAACUGUACUUUCAAUAUAUUUCUAUAUUAUUGCAAACUAUGUGCAUUUUGUAGUUUUUGCGCAUUCAAAUUUUUUAGAAAUGCAUAAAAAUCCACAGUCUAAUAAUUAUAUUAUUCUACAUUUUAUUAUUAUACUAGCAGCUUCAUUUAGCUUGCAAAACUUCUUCCUAUAAUAAAUUAAUAAUAAAUGGCCAAACGUAUCGCGGCGACACCAAUCAGAUAUCGAACAUUUACGAAAUAAACAGAUUUUCUCGAAAGCAUAUUUUACAGAUAACAAAAUUAUCCAUAUCUAGACGUCUUCUAACAUUUAAGGCAAAAAUUCUGGGGAGAAUUUUACCGACAUAAAUUUAUCUAAUCCCUAACGAAAUAAAAUUCCUUCCCUCUAACUCUCUUUCCUGCUUUUUCCGUUCUCGGUUACGUCAUUCUAGCGGUGUGUAGCAGUGUGUUGUUUGGUGUAGUUCAUCGCAAAAUCGCAAUAUUAUUUCCUAGAAGCAUAUUUAAUAUGAAGCCCAUUCGAAAAUUGCAUCGAUACUUUUCUGAAUGCCUUUGAGUACACAACGACAGAUUGUGGGCUUGUGCUUGUGGUCAGUUUGCGGAUGCUAAUAAUAAUGUAGUCACGAAGAACACCUCUCGCAAUAACGUAAAUUGUAAUGAAUACGUUAAGUAACAUGCGUGAACGUUUUCUGGCAUAGAUUGUGUAGAUUAACCUUAUCAAGUAUUUAUACAGCGUCCUUAGAGUUACAUAGAGCUAUGUGAUUAUAAUAAUUUAACCAAUAAAUUUGUAACUCGAGAUACCAUGGAGGUUCUGUUGUUACUAAAAUCUAUUUUGUGUGCUUGUCAGUGGUCAGUUUCAGCUAUUAAAUCAUAAAAUGGGUGCAAAUAUAUCACAACUAGAGAGAGAUAUUGGCUCUGAUCAAUUUCCCCCUAACGAACAUUAUUUUGGCUUAGUUAAUUUUGGGAAUACCUGUUACAGUAAUUCUGUGUUACAAGCUUUGUACUUUUGUCGACCAUUUAGAGAAAAGGUUCUAGAGUAUAAAGCUCGAAAUAAGAGAACCAAAGAGACAUUACUAACAUGUUUAGCAGACUUAUUUUACAGCAUUGCAACACAGAAAAAGAAAGUUGGGUCUAUAGCCCCUAAAAAAUUUAUUGCUAGAUUAAGGAAGGAAAAAGAGGAAUUUGAUAAUUAUAUGCAACAAGACGCCCAUGAGUUUUUAAAUUUCUUAAUAAAUCACAUAAAUGAAAUAAUUUUGGCAGAGAGAAGUCAGACUAAGCCAGUUGGUGGAAAAUGUGGAGCUGGAGAUGCUGGUUCGCCAACAGAGCCAACAUGGGUUCAUGAAAUAUUUCAGGGAAUUCUGACAUCAGAAACUCGCUGCCUUAAUUGUGAGACUGUAUCUAGUAAAGAUGAGGACUUUUUUGACCUACAGGUCGAUGUAGAUCAAAAUACUUCAAUCACCCACUGCCUCAGAUGUUUCUCCAAUACUGAGACUCUUUGUAGCGAUAACAAAUUUAAAUGUGAUCAUUGUAGCAGUUAUCAAGAAGCACAGAAACGAAUGAGAGUUAAGAAAUUGCCAAUGAUACUGGCCUUGCAUCUAAAGAGAUUUAAAUAUGUGGAACAAUAUAAUCGUCACAUCAAAGUUUCCCACAGAGUAGUUUUUCCUCUGGAACUUCGGCUCUUUAACACUAGUGACGAUGCGGUAAAUCCAGAUAGAUUGUACGAUCUGGUCGCAGUUGUGAUACAUUGUGGAAGUGGGCCUAAUCGGGGACACUACAUUUCCAUAGUCAAAAGUCAUGGAUUUUGGUUGCUCUUUGACGAUGAUAUGGUCGAUAAAAUUGAUGCAUCCACGAUAGAAGAUUUUUACGGACUUACAUCAGAUAUUCAGAAGAGUUCUGAAACUGGUUACAUCCUAUUCUACCAAUCAAGAGAUUGCAGUUAGAAUUUAAUAUAAAUAUAUAGUAAAUAAAUUAAACAAAUCCUAUAUAGUAAUUUCAUAUUUUAUUAAAGUACAUUAUAUAAGAUUAGGAAUGUUAUAUGUUAGAUUAUUUAUAAAAGCAAAGUAUAUAUAAAUAGAUUCAAUUAGAUUUUAUUUGUAAAAUAUUAAAAAAACCAUUAGCUUUGUCGUUAUUCACUGAUGCAAUGCCUUGAUAAAGAUCAAUAGUCUUUGUUAAGGGAAGUGGUCAGUCAUGAUUUACAUAAGAAUUAUUUAUUUUAAUUCUAAUGAGAAACUAGUCUAUCUUUAUAAAAAGGAAAUCAUUUGUUUUAUUUUUAGAUCAACUUAUCUAAGUAAUUUAGAAAUGUUGGGAGCGCUAACAGAUUCUAUGUGUAUGUAAAAAAGUAUGACUGAAAAUAAAACGAUUGUUAUCAGAAUUUACUACA